CUUCUCCUCCAGCAGCAUCCACAGCCACACACGACACAGCGGCUCACAGGCAGCAGGAAUACCGUGUGUGUGAGUGAGUGUGAGAGAGAAAGAGUGACCAGCAGCAUCAUGACCAUCAGAAACACUCUCCGGGAUCAUGGACAGAGGUAUCGACCACGGAUGGCAUGUCUCAAGAAGGCAGAGAAGGUGCUGCUGGAGAUGCAGGACCCCAAAACAGGAGUCAAGUCACAGCCUCAGAGACUGGUUAUCACAACAAUACCACAUGCCAUAACUGGUGAAGACAUACUGUCUUGGUUAGCAGACAGAUUUCAAGUAGACACACAAGAGGCGAGGAACGUUGGCUCUAUGCUGGUGGCACUAGGAUACAUCUACCCUCUACAAGACCACAAACGCCUGGUGAUCAAACCUGAUGCGUCCCUUUAUCGAUUCCAGACACCAUACUUCUGGCCCACACAGCAGUGGCCUGUUGAGGACACAGAUUACGCCAUCUACUUGGCGAAAAGAAACAUACGGAAAAAAGGAAUCCUGGAGCUACAUGAGCAGGAGCAGUACAACCGACUUCACAAAUGGAUGAAUCAUAAAUGGGAUUUUAUCGUGAUGCAAGCUAAAGAACAGUACAGGGCAGCAAAAGAGAGGAAGAAACCAGACCGCGUAGUUUUUGACUGCCAGGAGAGAGCCUACUGGGUGGUUCACAGACCUCCGCCAGGUACUGUGAGUGCUAUGGACUAUGGACUUGAGAGAAGAAUAGAACCCAAUGCAGACGAGACAAAAACACCUGACUUCUAUGAGAGAAUUAUGAUCUUCACUCAGCAGUCUAUCAUGAGGCCCAGAGUGAAGUCGUCUGUGUCCAUUGGCGCACUGGUGAAAUACUGUGCCACCUAUAACAACCACGACCCCUUCCUGUCCAAGUGCCUUCCCAGCAACCCCUGGCUCACUGAUGAUAUCACAUACUGGAACCUGAACAUGACCAAUGUGGCAAUACCGACCAAAAUGCGUGUGGAGCGAUGGACGUUCAGCUUUGGAGAGCUGCUCUCAGACCCUCGAGGACGAGAUGAUUUCAGACUCUUCCUGAAGAAGGAAUUCAGCGGUGAGAACUUGGCAUUCUGGGAAGUUUGUGAAGAUCUGAGGUGGGGCGCUGCGGUGACAAUGAGAGAGAAAGCAGAGCAGAUCUACAAGACCUUCUUGGCACGUGGCGCACCACGGUGGAUCAACAUUGACGGAAAGACAAUGGAAAUCACAGUUAAUGGCCUGAAACACCCACACAGAUAUGUCCUGGACGCAGCACAAACUCACAUCUACAUGCUCAUGAAGAAGGACUCGUAUGGACGAUACUUGAAAUCUCCAGUCUUUAAAGACACGGUGAAGAAGGCCAUUUGUCCUGAAGAGCAAAAGUUCACUGACGCCCAGCUGGAGCAGAAUGCGAAGAAUCGGCGGCCCAGUCUCAGCCCCAUCGUCCUCCGGCAGCAGGAGCAGGAGCAGAGAGCCAAGAUGGCGGCCAAUGCCCCGGUUGACAUCACACAGCUGUGCCGGUUCACCACUCCUGUCCCCCACCUUGCCGUCUACUCUGGUAUCACUGACUCCCCACCUGCCCACACCUCACCCUCACUUCCAUUCCUGGCCAACACAACGGCCUGUCCGUCCCCCAUCAGUGUGGCCUUAGACAGCACCUCGGCCUCGGAGCGGCGAGUGGAGGCCAGUGAAGGAGAAGAAGUGGAGAACCCAGAAGCCCGAGCCCCCAUCAGCAGAAAUGUGUCCAAGUCUCGCGUGCCUCUCUCACUCCGGCGUCUGCUGAAGCGAGGCUGCACCCCUGCCACCAUGUUUGCCAGCCUGUCGCCUAAAUACCACUCAGCUGCCGGGACAAGUACUCGCAUUAAGCCAAUCUGCCCGGAUCAACCCAGCCAGGCUCCUCCCAGGAGGAUUGGCAAUUUCUUUCAGAUUAAAGUGGAUAUUCCUCCAGAGUGUCGCAUCUACCCCAUAGAGUCUGAGGAUGAAGAUGAGGAGAACAGGGCUGCCUCUCGGGGAGGAGUGGGAGCCAAGGAGAUUAUCUGCCCCUGGGAGAGCCUCACUCCACAGAAUGAGAUUGGCCAGUAGGAUAGAUUUUCACACAGGUAUUAAAGCAGCGGUUUUGAAUCUGUUUGGAAUACAUUCAUUGAGAGUAUAUGAACAGCUGUGACUGAGAUAAAUGAUUUCACUCGGCGUAUUAAUGGGUAAACUCUCAGCAUUUAGAGUGUCCUGGUAUAAACGUGGAUAUAAAUUCACCAUCAGGCCAAACUAGGCAAUCUGAGAUACUUUAGAGACGCCUGAACAUCUACAAUAGACUAAUGGUCAACUUGCUACAUCCAAACUCCUUCAAUUGUAUGUUAUAAGUAUUAAACAUUCACUGCCUGGAGGCUUUAAAUGACAAAUUUAGUUGUUCACUGUAGCAUAAUCCUCCUCUCCACGGCCCACACAGAGCAACAGAUGGGAUUUUUAAAAUACUGAUACCAAAAAUAGUGACACAAGACCCCUCUCAUAUUCCCCUAAAAAUAUUGACCCAACGGUCUCAGCGAGCUAUGGCCCUGCAAAUGUGUUGACCAACACAUUCAAUCAAAGGUUGGGUUCAUCCAUGUUCUGGCUUAUUUUUUUGGCAAAAGUGCGUCUGUCAAUUUUACACACCUGCAAAACAAAUGCUUUAAGUAGAGGAAGCCUUUAACUACAGCCUUAAUCUCACCUACUUUCACUGAGCCAGCUGUUACACUUUGUUAAGGUUGCUGGGUUUUGUCGGGACGAGAGGACAACACGUGCUGGAGCUUUCACAUUCAAACUAUAAGAAACGCAGCCCCAGCAACAGCCUUACCCUCCUUUACACACGUGCAACUUUCUUUUGCUCUUGUUGUUGUUGUUGUACAAAUCAGGCAUACAGUAUAGGCAUGGCAACAAAAAACACGUACUUGUGAACAUCUGAAAAUGUUUUGUUUUGCGAUUGCCAAGGAGCGCAUAUAACAAUGACGUUGUUACACAAAAACUUCAAUGUUUACAUCCUAGUUAGUGGUGAGCCAAAGCAGACAGACACCUAUAGACUCUGCCUGUGCACAUGUCUGCUAAAAAUGUGGAUAAUGUCUUUAUAUACAGUAUUUACUGAAAAAUGACCAGUUUUUCUCAAUGUGGAGACGUGUUCUUGUGCUGCUAAAUAGUCUUAGAUGCCUCAUCCCUAAUUUACCUCUAAAAACACAUGACGUGAAAUGACCGAACACAUGCUUUUUUUUUAACGAAUUGCGUGCAUGUGCACUCUUCGUGACUGGACAGGAGCACUAUAAUGGGAGGUCAGGGUGAGUCAUAGUUUUGUAUUUGGCUCCACUGAAUGUUUUGUACACCUUGUGUAGCUGUUGUAGCUGUCGUUUACCGUACACUACCCUGAGCAUUGGUAGUGGAGGUGGUGCGAGGUUUGGGUGGGUGGGGGUCGUGUGAAUUCACUGCCAGAAUGUAAUAUUCCUACUUUGUUUACAGAUGCAAGAAUGUGGAAAAGUACCUUACAUUUGUUGUAUUUGAUUUGUACAUUCCAUGGCUUGUGUCAAGUGCCUCAAUAAAUGAUUGUCUUAA